AUUUGCACUAUAUAUUUACAAGUAAGUUGAGACAGCUUUCAAAUAAUGCUAUAACCGCUUCAUGGGUGGUGCAGAUACUUAUAACAGAGUAUUCCCAGUUGCUCCCUCCCAUCCCUUAUAACACUGCUGUCAUAGAGUUCACUUAUCCAUAAGCCAUGCCCAUCUGGUACAUUGUUGCUGUUAUUACUUUGGACACACUGCAUUUAUUUGUUUAUAUGUUUAUCCUGCCUGUCUUCCACCCUAGAAUGUAAGCACUACAGGUGCAGGAAUGGGUCUGUUGUGUCUACCCUUGGAGAGCCAGGGCCUAAAACAAUGCCUCGCACAGAGUGGUACUCAGUAAAUAUUUGUUCAGUGAGCCUGGAAAUUUUGCUUUCGUCUUACUUCUGUAACUUGAUGUGCUGUCUAAUACACAAACAAUGGAUGUAAAGCGAAGCUCCAGAGCAUUCCAGACGAGAGCAAGGCAGAGAGAAGAAGACCUUGAGCCAGGAGUCAUGGCGGCCAAGCCCAAGCUGUGUUACUUUCGUGGCAGGGGCAGGAUGGAGUCAAUCCGCUGGCUGCUGGCCGCAGCUGGAGUGGAGUUUGAAGAAGAAUUUAUUGAAACAAGAGAACAAUACGAGAAGUUGCAGAAGGAUGGACGCUUGCUUUUCGGCCAAGUGCCUCUGGUUGAAAUGGACGGAAUGGUGCUGACGCAGACUAAAGCCAUCCUCAGCUACCUUGCUGCCAAGUAUGACUUGUAUGGGAAAGACCUGAAGGAGAGAGUCAGGGUCGACAUGUACGCUGAUGGCACCCUGGACCUCAUGAUGAUGAUUGCUCUGGCUGCAUUUAAAACCCCUGGGGAGAAAGAGGAGAAUCUUGCUUUAGUCGUGAAGAAAGCUAAAACUUCUUACUUCCCUGCCUUUGAAAAGAUUUUGAAAGACCAUGGCGAGGAUUUUCUUGUUGGCAACAAAUUCAGUUGGGCAGACGUACAACUGUUAGAAGCUAUUUUAAUGGUGGAAGAACUCGAUGCUUCUGUUCUUUCUGACUUCCCUCUGCUAAAGGCAUUUAAAACAAGAAUCAGCAGCAUUCCUACAAUUAAGAAGUUCCUGCAGCCUGGGAGUCAGAGGAAGCUGCCCCCGGAUAGCCACUAUGUGAAAACAGUCAGGAAGGUUCUGCAGUUGUGAUGGCUGCAGGCCUUGUGAUGGCAGCAGGAAUGAUCCAGUCGCAGCAUCAGCAUGUGCCGCCAAUCAAAGCAAACCGUAGAUCUUAGGAGUAAAAUGUCUGGAAAGAAGAAAACCACAUGGCCAUCAAUAGCAAAUCGCAUUAAAUGCAAUAUGAAACCGUU